ACGAGUGGGGGUUGUGUGCGAGACCGUGGUGGUUACGUGGAAGAAUUCAAGGAUGGGCACUGCGUUCCAGUGUUUUUGGAAAGUGAAGAGAGGCUGAAAUUCCGAAGGGAUCUGGUUUUCUUCAGUUCGAAGGCUGGGCGCAAAGGUUUUGGGAGUGAAUCAGAUGCGACUCUCGAAGUCAAAGUUGAUGCGCGGGGCAAGUCCAAGAUCGGCAAAACAGUGGGCGGUUUGAUAAUGCCAAGGUCCGGAAAAGGUUCGUUUGUUGGAUUUAGGGUAUAG